GACAUUAGUAGCCAUUGCUAUUGCAUAUAAUUGCUCCCACAUUCUCAUCUGCUUCCGCCAUGGUAUCAUUCUGUAGACAUCAGCAACCACCACUUUCCCACCCUACAACCACCACAAGAUGGUGGUCGAAGGACUCGGUAGCCAUUGUCACCGGAGCAAACAAGGGUAUCGGGUAUGCAUUGGUUAAACGGUUUGCUGAGUUGGGGUUAACAGUUGUGUUAACGGCUAGAGAUCAAUCCAGAGGUUUACAAGCCAUGGAUUCACUUAAGGUUCUUGGAGUAGAUCAUCAUGUUCGUUUCUGUCAGCUUGACAUCUCUGAUCCAGUCUCUAUUCGGUCUUUUGUUUCUUGGUUUCGAUCCAGUUUCAAGGCUUUCGAUAUAUUAGUGAACAAUGCAGCAGUAUGUUUCAAUGCAAUGAACGAAAACUCCAUGGAGUAUGCUGAAACUGUGAUCAAAACUAAUUACUACGGAUCAAAACAGUUUACCGAGGCCAUGUUGCCAUUUUUUCGUCGUUCAUCUUCCAUGAGCCGCAUCCUUAAUAUCAGUUCUCGACUUGGCACAUUAGAUAAACUAAAUAACCCAAAAAUGAAGGCAAUACUUGGUGAUAAAGAAACAUUGAGCGAAGGUCGAAUAGAUAUGGUGGUGAAUGCGUUUUUAGAAGAUGUGAAAGAAGGGAGGUGGAAUACACAAGGGUGGCCGGAGAUAUGGACGGAUUAUUCGGUGGCUAAGCUUGCAUUGAAUGCAUACUCUCAAGUUUUGGCACGGAGGUAUGAAGGGGUGGUGAGUGUGAAUUGUUUUUGUCCGGGCUUCACUCAAACGACCAUGACCGAUGGCAAUGGAAAGCAUUCGGCUGAUGAUGCUGCAAAAAUGGCAGCAAAGAUUGCACUGCUUCCGGUUCCUGUUCUAAACACAGGGAAAUUUUAUGUCGGAUCGACAAGUCGUGGCAUAUGUUCGAAAUUAUAAAGCUAAUUAGGAUUGUUUAUUUGGUCCUAUUACUAAUUUUUAACCGAAAGUUUAUAAAUGUUUAAAACGAAAUUGAUUUUUUGGUAAGGGGGUAAAAUGUGUGAUAAUCGUAACUUGGGUCUUGAAAGGAUAAUGUUUGACGUUUCCCUUAUCGUUCGGG